CACAGACCUUGUAUUGUUCAGCAGUCGGGGAGAACCUCAGAGCUAAGGACAGGUGAUCUCAAGGCCAAGAAAGAAGAGAGACUCUCACCAUAACAACAUUGCAAAGAGAUACAUUGCCAGAGCUUGGAAUACUUCUUAGGCAAACAUCUCUCCAAGGAAGACGUGGUGCCCUGCCGCCCAUGUGGCUGUGUCUGAGCGACUGACCUCUCCGUCAGCAGCGCUGUUUCCUGUUCCACCAUGGGACCUCCAGGCAGUAUGCUGAGCGGCGGACAGACGCAGGUCGUCCUGUGGGGAAGUCUGGCCGCCAUCGCCUUGUUCUUCCUUAUCGUCCUCGUCGUCUUUCUGUGCUCCAGCUGUGACAGAGAAAAGAAGCCAAGACAGCACAGCGGAGACCAUGAGAACCUGAUGAACGUGCCUUCAGACAAGGAGAUGUUCAGCCAUUCGGUGACCAGCCUGGCGACAGAUGCUCUUGUUAGCAGUGAACAGAACGGGGCACUCACCAACGGUGACAUCCUUUCAGAAGACAGCACCCUGACCUGCAUGCAGCACUACGAGGAAGUCCAGACCUCGGCGUCGGACCUGCUGGACUCCCAGGAUAGCUCUGGGAAGCCCAAGUGCCACCAGAGCCGGGAGCUGCCCAGAAUCCCCCCUGAGAGUGCUGUGGACACUAUGCUCACGGAGAGGGGCUUGGACAGUGAGCAGGGUCCAGGCACCGAGGGGCCGUACGAGGUGCUCAAGGACAGCUCGUCGCAGGAGAACAUGGUGGAGGACUGCUUGUACGAAACGGUGAAGGAAAUCAAGGAGGUAGCAUCAGCCGCACACAUGGACAAAGGCCAUGGUAGCAAGUCCAGGCCAACUCCCACCCUGAAAGAGCUUCCCGGCCCCCAGAUGGAGGGCAAAUCUGACUUUGCUGAAUACGCCUCUGUGGACAGAAACAAAAAGUGUCGCCAGAGUGUUAAUGCAGAGAGCAUUCUUGGGACUCCAUGUGAGCUGGAAGACGAGGCCCCACCGCCUGUUCCUGUAAAGCUUCUGGAUGAAAAUGAAAACCUUCAAGAGAAGGAGGCAGGCACAGCAGACGAGCAGACUGUGGAGGGCACAGGCGAGACCAACAAGAGAUUUAGCUCACUGUCCUACAAGUCUCGGGAAGAUGAUCCAACUCUCACUGAAGAAGAGAUCUCAGCCAUGUACUCAUCAGUGAAUAAACCUGGACAGUCGGUGCACAAAUCAGGACAGUCACUUGCAGCACCAGAGGCCACCUCCAACUCUAUGCAAGGGACUCCUCAGAGGUCACCCUCUUCCUGUAAUGACCUCUAUGCUACCGUGAAAGACUUUGAGAAAAUGCCCAGCAAUGUCAAUGCCCUUCCACUAGCGGGGAGACCCAGUGAGGAGCAGGAGCCGGACUAUGAAGCAAUACAGACUCUCAGCAGAGAGGAGGAGAAGGGCCCCCUGGAGACCAACGGCCACCAUGGCCUUGUCCCUAAGGAAAAUGACUACGAGAGCAUUGGAGACCUACAGCAAUGCCGGGAUGUCACCAGGCUCUAGCAAGGCAGAAUUCUCCAGAGAGCUUGUAAUUAGCAUCUGGGGCCAGUUCUGCUAUGGACGAUAGGUGCCAUCAACCUACCUAUAUGCUGCUUUGGUAAACUGAAGACACCUGCAUCUGCUGUGACUGUUCUCCGGUGCGGGCCUGGUUGCCCUGCAUGUGUUCCUGCCUGCCUGGGGACAGGCACACCCCAGCACGUGCACAAACUCCGUCUUAACCCUCACCCUCCUCAGAGGACCCCAGCUUCAGGGAUUCGUCCCACAGAUGAGAACUCCAGUCCAUUUGCCUGAAAUACUGCCAUUCAGAAGAGCCAGGUUUUUCUUCCUCUCUUCUCUUUCCUCUUCUGCUACUAACUUUAAAAUGUACGGCAUUUUCCCCUUGAGAUCCUCUGGUUUUUUAUGGCUCGUUCCAAGGAAAUCCUCCAUCGGCCUUGGCACUGGCCUUCAACACAGACACGUUUGGAAGAUAAAAGCCUGUGGUGGCAGCGCCUUGGUCCUCGUCCUGGAGCUGUCCAGUCAGCCCUGGGAAUCCACACUGCAGGACAGUAGGGUUGGGGCAGCGUGGCCCUUGUGUCUCUUGGGGCCUUGUCCUUCUCACGUCGGCACUGCAAAUCAGCACCUUUCCCCGAAGCACUUGCAGGCAGUUUUAAAUGCUUUAUUUUUCUAGUCAGAACUAUUUUUCCCCCAAUAUUCAGAAACUCGCCAGAACCUUUUUCAGUAUUUUCAACAAAUGUCAUGGUACUUCUACAUUGUGUAGGCCCAGGACUCAUUCCUUCAAAUCAGAGAGCCUUAAUCUGUACAUUGGGGCACAGGCCACACGUGUGCGUGGCAGCGUGGCUUCCCUCCCCAAGGCCGUGGGCCUGAUGUGUAGUUCCAGUGAGGUCUGCCGCCACCCCAACAGUGUGGACUUGCCCAGGUUAUAUCCUACCUUAAGGUAAUCUAGCUAUAAUUAAAAUGUAAACAUUUAUUUUUCUUAUGUAAAUUUAUAAGAUGUUUUAUGUUUAAUGCCUAAUUUCUAGAAAGUGCCAGAAAAUGUAUAUUAACUAUUUUGAUUUUAUGUACAAUGAUUUAUACUCGCAUCUUGAAAAGACACCCUAAAGCACAUAAGCUAAAAUGAUAAGCAGCUUUAUUCUUUUUUUUCAAAUAAGUUUUUAAAAUGUUGAAGGUUUGUUAAAGACCCAGCUUUGCAAUGGUACUUUGAGUUUCUAGUCCAAAUCAACUAAACUACUGGAGAAAUAAAUGCAGUGGGCAUAAAUAAUCACUUUUCCAUGGCUGGGGUGAGCAAUAUUGAAAUAUCUAAAAUGAAAAAAUACAGCUAAUUAAUUAUGAAUGUCCUAAAAGUAUCAUACUUUUAUUAAAAGUUUAAUGACAUUUUUGAAGAAAACAAUAAAGAAUUAUACAGCCCAGUGCUUGCUAAUGCAGAUUUGGUAUUAGAAUUGUUUUUUUUUCUUUUUCCAAAAAAAUCACUGGCUGAAAUAGCUCAGAUGAAGAACUCAGCCUGGUUUGAAUUUAACCAUCAUUUUAGAUCUUAUAAGGCCACCAUUGGAAAAUUUCUCAUUUUAAGAGGAGCCUAGUUAAAGUACCAUCAUGAAGUGUGGGCCCCAAAAGGAUAGCGUGUCCUGCACUGAUAAAGCAAUGAGGCCAUCAUCUUAUGCUCUGUGACAUGUGUGACUAUAAAGAUUUAAUAAUCUUGCUGUUUUCCCUCUUUCUGACAAAGAAUGAGAUUUGGGAGAAACAGCUUGAAAACUGUAGAGCCCACCUCGCUGGCACGUGUUUCUGACCUUAUAUUCUUGGACUGGCUUUGUGACUGCUCUGUGAAACCGUUAAGCGAACCUGGAGGCACUCGCUGAUUGGAUGUCACUAUCUUUCAGUGAGCCUGGUCUCUCGCAGGAAGACGUCGUGUGCAUAAGCACAAUCGUUAUUGAUCAGACAGUAUUGGCGGAAUACCCUUCAAUCUACUGAGUGAACGUUUCCAGGAAAAUGCAAGCCCUUCCUCUCUGAAUUCAGUUCUUUCAUAAGCACUGAUUUGCCUGCUGAUUUUCACCAUUUUGUAUUCCUAAGUUUGACCCAACAAUCUCUCAGGUCACAGGUUCCCUCAGUGCACAUCGAUUGCUGUGUCGCCACACACCUCCAUGGUACGGCUCACUGUCAUAGAGCUCAGAAGUUUUAUUGCAUUUCCUAGCAUCUUUCUUACCACUAGGGAAGUAGGUAUGAUCUCUGAAGUAUAAAACCCUUUCACUAUUAAGAGAAAAGUUCAUUAUAAAAAAUCAUGUGACCUUCCAAUUUCAAGUUUUCAAAUACAAGUUAUGUAUGCAGUCUAAUCAUAAAAUAUGCACUGAAAUAUCUCUCUUAACUUGAGCACCAGUGAAAAGAGUAAGUUGUGACAGUAUUUUAAAAGGAACGGGAAGACCCUCUAGCAACAAUUCUGAAAGAAUGGAUGACAGAAGAGUCCAUGGGCCUGGGGAGGGCAGCGUAAGUGUCAGGAAGAGAGCUGUCCUCCUCGGAGCACUGGGAACUACCUGGCAGCACAUUUACUGAAGUAUGUCAUUGUUUUCUCUUUAUUGUGCAGCUUUCAUAAAUUCCGUUGCUUUCACUUUCUUCGAAA